AUGGUUCAAUUAUUUUCAGUGAAUGCUUCGGAUGCUAGUUUUAAUCCAGUUGGUCCUCCGAAUCAAGCUGCUGGACAAUCAAUUAUGGCACAACAAUUGAGUGAUAUUGAUGAGGUGAAUAAGAUUUUCUAUGUCUUGUCUUUGAAUAGUACAAAUAAUAGAGUUUACUUGUUGGGAAUGAGUUUAAAGAGUGGAGAAAUUGUGAGGAAUAUUCUAUUGCCAAUUGUGGAAACUUAUUGGGUUGGAUUUGGACAAUCUCUUGUUGUGAAUCAAAAUAAUGGAGAUGUUUAUGUUGUGGGUCAGGAGAGUAUGAAUGCCAAGUUUGUUCUCCUCUCAAUUAAUUAUGAAACCUCACAAAUUACCAAACUAAAUGAAAUGCAAGAACUUAUUGCAAUUGGAAGCAUUUGUGGAUUUGAUCCAAAGAAUAAUAUUUUGUGGUUGGAAUUUGCCAAGAAUAGAUCUGGAGUUGCUGAGUAUGAUUUGUAUGCAUUUGAACCAAAGAGUGGAAAAUUAAUUACAACUAUUGUGAAUACAGAGCUGAUGCAAACCAUGGAAUUCGACAGAAAGACAGGUGUAAUGAUUGGAAUAGGAUUGAAACAACUCUCAAAAACCGCAUUCCAGAGAACCAUUGUUACACUUGAUGGUUCAACAUUCAAAAUGAAAACCAUUCUCAAUGUUCAAGGCAACUAUGUCGAAUUGAAUGAUAUUAUGGGACCAAUUGAUUAUGUCAAUAGAAUUUUGUACUGUUUGAUGAGACCUGCUGCCGCUAAAGUCUUUGAUUUCUUAAUGAUUGAUUUGGACAGUGGAGCAAUUUUGAACAAGGUAAACAUGUUAGGAAAGAGAACACCAUGGAAUUUACAAUUUCUCAAUAAUUUAUAA